AGUCCUUUUCUUUCUCUCGUAACGAAGGACACUUUCAUUUCUUUCUCUCUCCACCAGCGAAGCGAGUCACACUCAAAGAACUUACGCUCGCUCACCCACCAGCCACAAAUCCAAACAAAUUAAUUCAUAUAUAUCAUCAAAUUCACAAGGCUUUGAUUCCAGUGUUUUGGCAAGAAAAAUGAAUAAACUGAUGGAGUCUGGCUCUGCAAACAAGCUACAGCAACACAAGAAGAAAAGUUGGUUCCUUCUCUUAACAUUUUCUCUUAUCCUUUCAACUCUUCUCAUCAUCAUCUCCGUAACCUCCACUUCUUCAACUUCCUCUCUUUUUUACUACACCCGUACCCGCAGAACCAAGACCCAACUUCCUCAGUUCGUGGAAUCCAAGCUCCGUGUGGCGCCAACAUCUCCUAACCCAGUUCCCAAACUGGCUUAUCUCAUAUCUGGCUCGGCAGGCGAUGGGGAGAGCUUGAAGAGAACGUUGAAAGCCUUGUACCAUCCCAGGAACGAAUAUGCCGUGCAUUUGGAUUUGGAGGCUUCUGCUGAGGAGAGAUUGGAGGUGGCAAAGUUUGUGAAAAGUGAGCCGCUCUUUAAGAAAUUUGGGAAUGUGAGGAUGGUUACUAGAGCCAACCUGGUGACUUAUAGAGGGCCUACCAUGGUUACCAAUACCCUUCAUGCUGCUGCCAUUUUGUUUAAGGAAGGUGGUAACUGGGAUUGGUUCAUCAACUUGAGUGCUUCUGAUUACCCUUUGGUUACUCAAGAUGAUCUGCUUCAUACAUUAUCAACAAUCCCAAGGGACCUUAAUUUUAUCGAGCAUACCAGUGACAUUGGAUGGAAGGAGUAUCAGAGAGCCAAGCCUGUUAUAAUUGAUCCAGGGCUUUAUAGCCGGCAAAAGUCGGAUGUAUUUUGGGUUUCAGAGAAAAGGAGUGUACCAACUGCAUAUAGGCUGUUUACAGGUUCUGCUUGGAUGAUGCUCUCUCAUCCUUUCAUCGAGUAUUGUUUGUGGGGGUGGGACAACCUCCCAAGGAUAGCCCUUAUGUACUAUGCAAACUUUCUUUCUUCCCCUGAAGGGUAUUUCCACACUGUUAUCUGUAACGCAUAUGAGUUCCGGAAUGCCACCGUUAAUCAUGACCUCCAUUUCAUAUCUUGGGACAACCCGCCAAAACAACAUCCACAUUUCCUUACUGUAGAUGACUACCGAAGGAUGGUUGACAGCAAUGCUCCCUUUGCAAGGAAAUUUGGCAAGAACGAACCAGUUCUUGACAAGAUUGAUUCUGAACUUUUGAACUGCGAUGCCAAUGGAUUUGUGCUUGGUGGAUGGUUCAAUAAUGAAGGAACUUCUAACGUAACUUUCCAAGAUCAUGACAGAGCAAAUACCACAGAGCUUAGGCCAGGUCCUGGUGCUGAGAGACUCAAACGUCUCAUCAGUGAUCUGCUAUCAGCGGAAGAUUUUCAUGCAAAGCAGUGCAGUUGACGCAGAUGGUUCAAAGAUACAACUCUCUUCUGGUAACUGACCAGAUGAAUGAUCCUCUAUUGAAUUAAUAACGGAACAAUGCUGAUGGGUCAACUGACAAGGCAUAGGAAACUAGAAGGGGAAGGAAAAUACACUCCAUCCAGAUUAUAUGCUAUACGAUUAAUACCAUUUUUUUUUUGUAGGUCGAUUACUAAUAUGUAGUUCAAUGUAUUGUUCAUUGGUUUAGAUAAUGUACUGCUUUCUAAUCUGUCCAUCCUUCGGAUGCUGUUAUGCAUCUUGUAUCUUAUGCACUCAGAAAAAAAAUUAAAGGGCAAAAUGAUGAUGCAUUCAAACAUUAGAACCAUGGAUAGAAAGAGUAAUGAGAUCAAGUGUUGGAUAUGUCAACGGUUAAGUUGAAUUGAUUACAGUUUGAACCGGUUUUUUUGUCGGAUGUUUUAUAUUAAACAACUUUUAUCCGUUCCACCGAUAAUUUAUGGGCUUUGUACCACUGGUUUUUGCAUCAAUGGAGUGGGGUAAAGUUUU